AGUUUCUCUCUCAAGUGCAUAUUCUUAACGUACAACCACUCGCAACCUACCAAAUCCUAAUCAUAAUCGGAGAUACACCGGAAUAUCAGUAAGAGUCUCCGAUUGUUCAUCGGUUAUUUGAAAGAAAAAAACAUCUCGUUUCAAACUGAGAUUGUUGCAGCAUUUUGCCAAAAUUUGAGCACGUUCUUAUUUUGGAGAAGCUGAGGUUCAUAUAAGUUUAGAUACGAACGAAUAUUGAAGAAGGGGGGGGAAAUAGCGACAAGAACAGAGUCUGUCCCUGCCAAGGCCAGUCGUUUUCGGAGUGGUUAAAAAUAUACAAAGAAGGGAUAGAAUAGAAGGUGAAAAAGGGUAAUUAAGUUAAAAAAAAAAAAAAAAAAAAAAAAAAAAAAAAAAAAAGGGAGAGAAUGCUGACGUGUAUAACGUGUUCGAAGCAACAGAUCGAAGAUGGUGGAGAAGAAGUGGGAGCGCGUGGGACUCCUAGUGGAAAAGAAGCCGUCAAAAGCCUGACGGCGCAGAUAAAGGAUGCAUUAAAAGUGUCUGGAACUUCAAAGGGAAAACCACCAAUAGGACCUAGCAGCUACAAAAAACCACCACCACAUAGAGCUUACCCAGACUUUGAGAGUAUAUCUGAAGGGGGGGCCCACUACCCUUAUAUGCAAUCAGGAAGCACUAGUUCUAGUACUCCAGCAUGGGAUUUCACUAGCAACAAUGAUUCACAUCAAACAAAUGCAGGAUUCGAACCUCCAAGACAAUCUGGUCAUUUGGUUUUGGAAGAUGAAGAUGAGCCUAAAGAAUGGAUGGCUCAGGUUGAGCCAGGUGUCCAAAUCACAUUCGUUUCCUUGCCUAAUGGUGGCAAUGACCUUAAACGAAUUCGUUUCAACCGGGAGAUGUUCAACAAAUGGCAAGCUCAGAGGUGGUGGGGUGAGAAUUAUGACAGAAUAAUGGAACUUUACAAUGUCCAGAGAUUCAACUGCCAAGCUUUAAAUACACCCUCCCAAUCUGAAGAUGGGAGAGAUUCUUCCUACUCACGACUUGGAUCCGCAAGGGAGAGUCCAAUGAUGACACCAUCAAUCAACAAAGAUUGGAACAACAGAAACUACUACAAACCCCCAGACCAAGGCGGGGCCCACCACUACAACGUGGGCCCCAGUGCCUACGUGGCAGGUGGGUCCAAGGGUGAGAUGUCGUCCAUGGAGGCAUCAAGGACAACAACAUCUUCAAGAGAUGAGGCUUCGAUUUCUGUUAGCAAUGCAAGUGAUACAGAGUCUGAAUGGGUUGAGCAAGACGAACCAGGUGUUUAUAUUACCAUCAGACAGUUGACAGAUGGCACUAGAGAAUUACGACGUGUUAGAUUCAGUCGUGAAAAGUUUGGGGAAGUGCAUGCAAAAACGUGGUGGGAACAAAACAGGGAGAGAAUACAAUCGCAAUACCUUUAAUUAUAUACAACCAAACCAACCAAUCAUUGUCACUAAUUAUAUAUUCUAAUCGGGUCUAGAUGGUCAAAGUUUUGACGGAUAGCCGGAUAUGUCCAUCUUUACUUAGGUCAAAUUAUGAGGGAUUUCUUGUUCCCAUUUUCGGGUUUAAUUAUGCAAUGUUUUUAUUAUGUUUCAA